CUCGCUGAGAGCAUAACAGCUGGAAAGUCGAAGACGACAACCAGAAACGGGUGAAAACGACAGAAAACGGAUGGAGCGAUAGCAACGCAGUGCAUUUCAUAAAUGUUGAGCCAUUAAACAAUAUUAGUUAAACAAUUGUCGCUGUCGUAAUAAACAAACACAAAUACGAAAAAAAUCGUGAAAAAAUGCACAGACGGUCGGUGCAUACAACAAUGUGGAGAAGUAUCGAAGCGUAAAAAUCAAAGGCGGCGCCAGCCACUCGAACACCAGCCAACCAACCAACAACAACAAUAGCCACGAUAAUAAAUUGGAGAAAUCAAAAUAAAAGGCAGACAGCAGCAGCUGCAGCUCCUGGAUUGCUGCGUCGAUUUUAUAUGGGGAGCAGCAAUACACAACAGCAACAGCAACAACAACAGCAACAGCAACAACAAUAGCAGCAACAACAACAAUCACCGCCUUAGCCUUAAACCUAGUGAACAGAACGGCAAUUAAAGGGCAUUAUUUGUCACAUUAGAUAAACCACACAAGAACAGGAGCAACAGGAGCAACAGGAGCCAUAAAAUGUCAUCGCCCAGUGCUGGUAAACGACGCAUGGACAAUGACGUCAUCAAGCUAAUUGAAUCAAAACACGAGGUGACCAUUUUGGGCGGCUUAAACGAGUUCCAUGUGAAAUUCUUUGGUCCAUCGGGCACACCCUAUGAGGGCGGCGUUUGGAAGGUGCGCGUCUAUUUGCCCGAUAAUUAUCCAUUUAAAUCGCCCAGCAUCGGGUUUGUCAAUAAGAUCUAUCAUCCGAAUAUUGAUGAAUCAUCUGGCACCGUUUGUUUGGAUGUUAUCAAUCAGGCAUGGACAGCACUGUACGAUCUAUCGAAUAUAUUUGAAUCGUUUCUGCCGCAAUUGCUAACAUAUCCAAAUCCCGUGGAUCCAUUAAAUCGAGACGCGGCCGCCCUGUACCUGCACGAGCCGGAGGAGUAUCAUCGCAAGGUCGCCGACUAUGUGCAGCGAUAUGCGACCGAGGAUGCGCUGCGGGCGGCGCAGCAGGAGCGCGACAGCAGCGACAGCGAGUCAAGCAUGUCCGAUUACAGUGAGGACGAGGCCAGAGAUAUGGAAUUAUAAUAUCGGUUUAACUAUAUUAUACAAUUAACAAAAACAAUAGCAGCAGCGGCAAUAAUAGCGACAGCCUAAUGCCACGAUUUGAUCGUACAAUACAAUCCGAUCGCCUCGACAUAUAUAUUAUUGAAAAACCACAGCAAACAAUAUUAAGAUAGUUGUAUAUAUAUAUAUAUAUAUAUCGAUAUAUAUAUAUAUAUAUACAUAAACAACAUGCAUAUAUAAAGAACGUGAUUCGAUGGAGCGCAUAUCGCAGCGAUAUGUUGAUGUGCGCGCACAUACUUAUAAAUACGAAAUAUGAUCUAACACACACACACACACACACACACAUAUAUAUAUAUAUAUAUAUAUAUAUGUUAAUUAACGUAAGCUAAAAGUUUGAAAAAAUUCUUAGUAAUAUAGCAAUUAUAGUAGCUGAUAAACAAACAAAAAUCGACAAAAACAAAAAUUGAAAAAAAAAAACAUACCGAAAGCAAGAAAUGAUAAUAAUUUUUGAACGAAAGCCUAGAGCAUUGAAAUCUAAAAGCAGUACAUAAACUAGAAAGAGAUAUAAAAUACAACACACACACACACACACUGACACACACACACACACACACACACACACACGCUGACAUUUGAACAUCAAGUUAGUUGUAUAUACCCUAUAGAGUAUAUUCCAUAUUUGGUUUGACAACCGUUUUGUCAGCUGUUUAGCUGCCUAGCCACGCCCCCCCCCCCUCCCCUCCCACCCACCCACUUGACUAGCUAGCCCCGCCUUGGGGCCAGCCAUGCAAA